UCCUUUACAGAUCUGCGGAGUAAAUGGAUUUGGUAACUUUGUACAAUGAGAUCGGAACUGAGGAUUCUUUGCUGGACGACAUGAUGAAUGGAAAAAUGAACUAUAGGAGUCGCGAAGAGCAAAAUUACGACGCUGCCUAUCAGCGAAUGCCCACUGUGAUCUUCCUUGGAAUUCUUAUUUUAGUAGGAGUAAUUGGAAAUAUAAUCGUCCUAGUAGUGUACAUUCGGAAAUACCCCUCCACGACGUUCAAAUUCUACAUUCUGGCCUUGGCUGUAAUUGACCUCUUAACAUGCUGCAUCAGCAUGCCAUUUGAAAUCGCUGACAAUGUGCUUCCUUUCUUGUUUUUCAAUGAAACCUUAUGUCAAGUGGGGCGUUUUCUAGGAAAUGUGUUCAAAAUUGCUUCGGCAUUCGUGAUUGUAGUCAUGGCGAUUGGAAGAUACAAGAAGAUAUGUCACCCUUUCAGUAAAAGCACGACGAUAUCUCAGGCUAGACUAGCAUGUGUAGCGUCUGUGGUUCUAGCAGUUGUGUUUUCAUGGCCAACUAUUCUAAUCCAAGGCAUAAGAGAACGCAAUCUUAAAUUCAAUAUUACAGGUUUUGAUUGCACUAUCAACUCGGACAUGGCACAUACGAAUUAUCCGUUCAUAUUUUCUACAGUGUUGUUCUCAUUGUACGCUGUAGUGUUUUUAGCAUUAGUGGUCCUGUAUAGUUUAGUUAUUUACUCCCUCAAUAAGCAUGCCAAAGAACAAGAACAAUUUGCUUUCAAUGAUAACAUUCGGAAAUCCAAUCCAAGAAUUACAAAAAUGAUGAUUGCAAUAACAGUUGCUUUUAUUUUGUGUUAUAUACCUAACUGUAUCCUUGACGCCAUCUCUACAUUCAAACAUGGGUACGUAGCGCCCCCUAGUCCCAUCGUCCUGGCAACUUUUCCUUUGAUAGCAAGGACAUUCUUCAUCAACAAUGUCAUCAACCCUUUCAUCUACUUAUUCGGAGACCCAAAAUUUAGAAAUAUUAUAAAACAGACAAUACGAUGGCUGUUUUACACAAUCUGUAGACCAGGAAAAAAGAAAUUGAAAGAUUUUACAGUGGCCGAGACAAUGCAUCUAACAGACGUGAAACACGUAUCACAUUCCUGAUUCAAAA